CAUGGCCCAGGCACAUGUCGUAAUCCAAAGGGAAUGUACUAUUAAGGCUUGAUUCUUCACGAGCAACAUCCGGUCGUCGUACAGCGUGUGAUUUAGCGCCUCAGUCACAAGCUCUGUCACAGAGGAGUAAUGACGUCGAAGUUAAACCAGUCGAUAGAACUGACCACCGGCAAGGUAGCUAACCUGGUCAGGCACUGCGAGGCCAGCAUCCAGCGGUCACUCGGACCCACAGACUCUCUAGAACGUCCGCUGAAAAAGAGUACAAAUCAGAAGAAAUACAGCAUGACCUCGAAUGACACGUCACAGAGGUCAGCGGCGCACAGUCGGAAGAUCCACAUCCGGGCGGCGCGGAGGAAAAAAGACCGGUGUUUCCACUACCUGGCGGGGGUUCUUCAUUGUUACAACGUGUUUCUGUUGGUGCUAGGGUCGGGUGUGGUAGGGUCAGGGAUAUGGCUGCUGGUGAAGGACUACAACGCCAGGGAGUUGUCUGCCCUUUUCAACAUUUUCCACCUGGAGUAUAUGGCCUACUUUCUGACCUGUGGGGGCGGGGCUGUCUUCGUCCUGGCCUUUUGUGGGUGCUGCGGGACCAUGAAGAAAGAGAAGUUCGUCCUAGGAUUUUAUGGCGGCGUGCUCAUCCUGGUGCUGCUGUUACUGGUCGGGGGAAGUGUGAUGGGAUUCAUGUUGAAAGGAAAAGUAAGUAUACUGGACGAGGAUAUCAAACUCCAUUUCAUACGGACUCUCGAGGUGCAGUACGGCGUGGAUACCAGUAAGAACCCCGAGAACAACCUGAUUACGGACGCCUGGGACGCCAUGCAGAGAACGCUUAAAUGCUGUGGUGCGUAUGGUGACCAAGAUUCCCUGACAUCUUGGGCGUUUUAUAGGAACACGGAUUGGUACGUCAAGCGACCCACCCACAUCAUGUACCCCUUUGUACCUAAGAGCUGUUGUGUGCCUGGUAAGAAUGAGUAUGACUGUCAGGGCAUAAGGAACGAAUUCAACGGCUACCCGGUCAAACCGCCCCCUCCAGCCAGGGGUACAAUACAAAACCCCAACCUGUAUCAAGAGGGUUGCUAUGACAAAGCAAUAGAGUACAUCAAGCAGCACUCUCUGUACAUCACCUUAGCAUGUGCCAUUGUGCCGAUUCUAUUGCUGGUGGGUAUCAUCGUCUCCUGCUACAUGUGCUGUACCGUCAAAAACGAUGACGACGAAGAUGAUGACGAGGAGGAAAACGAAGCUCACGUCUGAUGUCCGUCAUCCUAACGUAAUCAAUCCGUCCGGGGUUAUGACCUUUAAAUCUAGUCUUCCAAGGUGAAGGACAUAGUGCCUAAUGUUGUGAGGGAAGCAAAGCAGGAAAAAAUCCGGGCUUUGCCGGCAUAAGGCCGCCAUUGCAUGCGUGCAGCAUUAUAGAAGAUGGAAAAGGAUGGCAGGAUUCAUCAUCUCGGGCCAUCAGGGGAGUUGUAAUGUGUUCACGAAUUUGUGAAAUCCAUUUGUGUUUAACAGUUGUCAAAAGACAUUCCAUAAAUCGAGAAUUCUCCAGGACAAUGAUCUGUUGCCUGGUAACAGUCGUUGGUGCGCGCGCAGCAGUGAUCAUGGAAUGGUGCAGUUACUAUAACGAGAGUUUGCGUGAUAAGCUGGAUUUAUAGAAAUACCGAAACUAUCAGAUUUAUACAUUAGAGGAACUCCGGCAGAACAAAGGCUGCAGUAAUUCACAAGGGGUUUCUGUAAGAUGAAACUGUUUAUAUUACGGCAAUAAUAACAUUUGUUGCCGUGGUUUUAAUUUUAUGUAAUUUUGUAGGCACUAGAGGAAUUCAAAUCGACACCAGUAGUUGUUGUUGCUUGAUACUGAAGAUGUGCUUAAAAGAAACAUCACGUGAUCAGAACAAGUUACUGUGCCAUCAAUGUCACAAGCGUAUACAAAGUUCCCAAACUUAAUUAUGUUUGAAUCAAUUUUGUUGCAUAUUUUUAUUUUCUGUCAAUUUAAACACGUUUGUGUUUGAAUUUUUAUUUUCACGCGGCGUUGCAUUCGUGGUUUGUGUUACGCGUCUCGUGGGGGCCAUUGUUUUAUUUUUUUCAGGUUUGAAUCUUAUAUUUGUCUCAGUUAAAGAAUUUGUAAUUGCCAUAAUUAUCUGUAAAAUGAAAAACCAUGAUGGUUUUUUUAUCAGACUGAGUGUUAUGUUAUUAUCUUGUAUACAUGCGUAUGCAUUAUUGAUUUGAAUGUUGAUAUAUUGUGGGAUGGGUGUAUUUUUAAAAUUUGUUGAUUAAAUUUUCAUUUCUUUUGUUUUAUGAAGUUUGCAUGUGGAAUUUUAAAUGCGUGGAAGAUUGGCAUAUGUAGUUUUAUUGCAAUGUGAUCAUCAGGGACCAAUUUGGACCAAUCGUAAAGUUGUUUACACAAUGGAUGUGCAAUUUAUUGACUUGUUUUAGCUGAAUAAACGACAUAUAUUAAAUGUUUUAAUAUUACUUAAGAAGCUGUUCUUAUUUGUUUUUGAGAAAAUGUGGUGUAUUUUAAUGAUAAUAAAGAAUAUCAAAAUUGAA